AUGGCGGAGCCGUUCACUCGCUCCGUGUCGCAGCUAGUCUGCGCUCAGAUUUGCGAGUCUUUCGGCUUCCAGUCCAUCCAACGGUCAGCGCUCGAGACCUUGUCCGACAUCCUGACUCGGUUCAUCUCCAGCGUCGGCGACGCUGCGCACGCGCACGCGGAGCUCGCAGGGCGAACCGACGCUAACGCCAACAACGUCGCCCUCGCACUAUCCGACGUCGGCACGUCGCUCGGCGAUCUCGCUCGUUUCGUCGAAUUCGCGGACGACAACUCGUCGCCGUCGUUGGCGCAAGCCGUCCCGUCCUUCCCCGUCCCUCGGAACCCGCGCUUCGUCGCCGCCAGUUUCCUUCAGAGUGGGGAGGACCCUCCUCCACGUGGCGACAUUCCGGAGUGGCUACCGGCGCUCCCGGAUCCCCACACGUACAUCGCCACGCCUGUGUGGGAGGCUCGGGGGCAGGACAAACGGCAGGAUCGGGUGGAGGAGGGGCGAGAGCGGCGGCGCGCGGAGCAGUCACUGGUGUCCCUGCACCAGCGCAUGGGGAUGGUCACGGCGGGCGGCGCGCAGGCGCGCGGUGGUGCUGGCGGCGGGCGGCUGUUGUGGGGCGGAUGGUCUCACGUUGGCGCGGGGGAAGACCUCUCCGCCAGGCCAGACGCGGGGAUCUCCGCGCCCGUUGCCACUGGUGCGCCGCUCGCGAUGCGCAACGAUGAUGGCACUGAGAGGGGCGAGGGGCGGAAGAAGCGGAGAAGGGAGGCAGAUGGCGGGUGGGUGGCGGGUCAGGUUCCUUCCGCGCUGGAUGCGUUCCCCGGGCUGAUGAUGGCCGUGGGCAGGGCGCAGGGCGGGGGAGCAGCGGGGGAGGGGGUUGAGGACAGUGAGGAGGAGGAGGAUGAGUUAGAAGAGAUAGAGGGGAGGAAUGGGGAUGCGAUGGCUAUGGAUGGGGAUAUUGUGGUAGUGGAGGGCGGAGAGGAGAGGAAGGGUGAUGGCAGUGGGGCCAAGAGAAGUGAGGCAGUGGGGGAUCAGGGCGAGCGGGUGAAGGAGGUUGGGUGGAGUGGGUGGUCGGCAGUGGAGCGGGUUUCAGGGGCCAGUGCCCCGGGGGUGUCGUUUCACCUAGGCAGCAAGAUCAAGGCCAAGCUUGGAGCUGCCAGAAUGCAGUUGCCUGUUGUGCUGAAGCAGCCAAAGCUUAAGGGCGUGCAAGGUGGGAGUGAUGGCAUUGGGAAAGGCGAGGAGGACAAAGAGAGGAAAGGGAAGGAGAAGAGGGAAAAGGGGAAGGACGACGAGAGGGAUGAAAAAAGAAAGAGGGCAGAACAGAUACUGGAGCAAGCAGAGAGGGAGGCAGCAGAGGCAGGCAUGGGAGAUGGCCUGCCACCGUCGAGUACACGACUCGAGAACAACUAUUUGAUAGGUCGCGAAAUCGGUCGCGGAUUGUACGGCGUGGUUCGCGUGGUGAUGCACAGGAAGUCGCACGAGCGAUACGCGUGCAAGACGGUCGACAAGCGGCGCAUGUCGCAGGAUCAGCUCACACGCCUCCGCACAGAGUUCGACAUUCUCAAGCGCGUAUCAACACACCUAUCAGUAGCGGCCCUUGUCGACCAAUACGAGGACUCCACGUGCGUGCAUUUCGUUCUUGAGCUCUGCACUGGUGGGACGCUGUACGAUGUUCUUACAACGGCCUCUAUCGCGGACGAUACCUCCGCUGUAGAUCGCUCUAAGAGCAGCGCCAGUCCUGCCGCUGCCACAGCCAGCACACGCAACAGCAGCGUCAGUGGGAGCGCAUCGUCGAAGCGGAUGAGCGAGGCGCAGGCGAAGCGGGUGAUGCGGCAGCUGGCAGAGGCGGUGGCGACGCUGCACGCAGAGGGCGUGGUGCACCGCGACCUGAAGCUCGAGAACAUCGCUUUUAUGGAUCCGCGGGACGCCAGGGAGGGCGCGUCGCAUCCUGACGGCAGCACACACCAUGGCUCGACCAGCAGCCGCAGCACAAGCAAAAGCCGCCAUUUCCCCAGCAUAGGCAGCGCCAGCAGCUUGGCUUCUGAUUUGGGUGGUAGUGAGGCCGACAGCGACUGCACGGGUUCCCUGGCCUCCUCCUCCUCUGCGCCCUGCUCCCCCGCCUUUUCCCCCCCUUGCCCUCCCCUCAAGCUCCUCGACUUUGGUCUGUCCACGUGGCACAAGCCAGAAGACGGGCAGCGGUUGACGGAAAUAGCGGGGACGGCGUACUAUGUGGCGCCAGAGGUGCUGAGGAAGCAGUACGGCAGCGAGUGCGACGUGUGGAGCAUGGGGGUCGUUCUUUACAUGAUGCUCACUGGAUCGCCACCCUUCUGGGAUGAUUCAGAAGAGGCGAUCUGCUCGGCCGUGUUGGCAGGCCACUAUGACAUGGUCAGUGCGCCAUGGCCGUCUAUCUCACCUGCUGCCAAGGACCUCAUCAGGCGCAUGCUGCAGACUGACCCGGCCAAACGAAUCACAGCAAGCGAAAUUCUUGGUAAGGGUUCCUUUUCCAGUGGACAUUAUUGUGCUGACAGGGAAAGGCAUUAA